AUGGGUAAAGACGAUAGAGAGACCUUGCCAGACGUGGCAAAACCGUCUAAUUACGCAAUCUCUCUCUAUAACCUUCAGCUGGGUGGUUCCUGGGGCUACAAUGGUAACGUGAAGAUUGACAUCAAGGUCGCUCGCCCUACUUCGGAAUUGGUGCUCAAUGUCAAGGCAAUCGACGUGCAAACGGCCAAAGCAAUCUCCAAGGAUGAGCGUGCCAUUAUGAAGUUUUCUGAGGAAAUCAAAGAGGGGGAUUAUGUCUUGGAACUCGAAUUCACCGGAACUAUGAACAACCAUAUGGCCGGUUUUGCUAGAGCCAAGUAUCAAUCGUCGGAAACUCCAGCACCCGGUACACCCAAGGAGGGGGACAAUUACUACAUGCUGAGCACCCAGUUCGAGGCUUGCGAUGCUAGACAAGCGUUCCCGUGCUUUGAUGAACCAAAUCUCAAGGCAACCUUUGAUUUUGAAAUUGAAGUUCCGAAGGAUUUGGUCGCGAUUAGCAACAUGCCUAUCAAGAGUACUCGUGAAGGAAGCAAUGCGAACCUCAAGUUUGUUUCGUUUGACAGAACCCCGAUUAUGAGCACAUACCUUCUGGCAUGGGCCGUCGGUGAUUUCGAAUAUGUUGAGGCUUAUACCGAGCGUAAAUACAACGGCGCCCCGAUCCCGGUCCGUGUUUACACCACCAGGGGCCUCAAAGAGCAAGCUCGAUUUGCUCUUGAUUGUGCUCACAAGACUGUGGACUACUUCUCCGAAGUUUUUGAAAUCGAUUACCCAUUGCCCAAGUCUGACUUGCUCGCCGUCCAUGAGUUUGCUAUGGGCGCCAUGGAAAACUGGGGCCUUGUGACAUACCGCACAACCGCUGUGCUCUUCGAAGAAGGCAAAUCUGAUGACAGGUUCAAGACCCGGGUUGCAUACGUCGUUGCACACGAAUGGGAUGUGUGGUCUCGAUUUGUAGCUGAAGGAGUCCAACAAGCAUUCCAACUUGAUUCUCUCCGAGCAUCACAUGCCAUUGAGGUGCCCGUGAAGAACGCCCUUGAGGUGGACCAGAUCUUCGAUCACAUCAGUUACAUGAAAGGAAGCUCAGUCAUUCGCAUGCUUAGCAGUCAUCUCGGUCAGGAGACUUUCUUGCGUGGCGUUGCGAGUUACCUAAAGGCACAUGCUUAUGGCAACGCAACCACAAAUGACCUUUGGUCUGCUCUUAGCAAGGCUUCCGGGAAGGAUGUUACCAGCUUCAUGGACCCAUGGAUCCGAAAAAUUGGCUUCCCACUGGUGACUGUAGUCGAAGAGCCCAAGCAAAUCACCGUUGCUCAAAAAAGAUUCCUUGCUUCUGGUGACGUAAAGCCAGAGGAAGAUGAGACUCUUUGGUGGAUCCCUCUUGGGCUUAAAUCUGGACAGCAGGCUACAGAAGCGGAUAAACGUAACCUGACGACCAAGUCUGAUGUUGUUCGAGACAUUGACGAAGAUUUCUACAAGCUCAACAAGGACCAGUGCGGAUUUUACCGGACAAAUUACCCCCCAGAGCGCCUGGCUAAACUUGGCAAGUCCCGCGACCUCCUAAGCACCGAAGACAAGAUUGGCCUUAUUGGUGAUGCUGCUGCUUUGGCAGUCUCUGGAGAGGCAACCACGGCAGCCACUUUGGCUCUUGUUGAGAACUUUCAUGAUGAGCAAAAUUACCUAGUCUGGAUGCAGCUCGUCGUGUCACUCAGCCACAUUAGAUCAGUGUUCGCGGCCAACGAAGAAAUUGCUACUGGCUUGAAGAACUUCGUGCGCAAACUCGUUUCACCAGCUGUUGAAAAGCUCGGCUGGGAAUUCAAGCCAAAUGAGGACUAUCUCACGGGUCAACUUCGCCAGCUGCUGAUCUCCACAGCCGGUAACGCUGGCCAUGAAGGAACCAUCGCUGAAGCCAAGCGACGAUUCAACGCUUGGGCAUCGGGGGAGGAUAAGAACGCCAUCCAUCCCAACCUCCGCAGUGCAAUCUUUACGAUUAACGUUGCUGAAGGCGGCCAGAAGGAAUACGACACGGUCAAAGAGGAGUUCAGCAAAACCGACUCGGUGGAUGGCAAAGAGAUUUGCGUUGGCUCGCUCGCACGAACAAAGAACCCCGAUAUCCUCAAGGAAUACUUCGAGUUCUUGUUUUCCGGCAGCGUCGCCACGCAAGAUAUUCACACUGGAGGAGCAGGCUUGGCAGCGAACUCCAAAGCAAGAGAUGCGUUUUGGAUUUGGCUGAAGGCGAACUGGGCCCGUGUUGAGCAAAGGAUGGGCUCAAAUAAGGUCGUGUACGAGCGAUUCGUUCGAAUGAGUUUGACCAAAUUUGCCGACCACUCGACGGAACAAGAUAUCACCAAAUUCUUCGAGAACAAGGACAAGGCUGGAAUCGACCGGGGCCUGCUGGUUGUAGCUGACACGAUCCGAACAAACGCCAACUACAAGGAGCGAGACGAAAAGGGAGUAUUGGAGUGGCUGAAGGCUCAUCAGCAGCCAAACGUCACCUGCCAAAUGGGAGGCCGACUGCAAGUGCAGCUAGUCCCAGCUGGGACUGGCGUCUCUUGGCAGUUAAUCAUGCUUCCUCCAUCAGAAUCAACCACAGCAACACUCUCUUUCUCGUGGAUCCCGUCAGUCUUCUCACUCUGGUUGAUAUAUCCUGCUGGGAAGCUUAUGAUAAGUUGGCCAUCCUUCCUUCCGACGUUUGCUUCGUCGAUCACCGUUGCUAACAACUUCAGAUACGAUUACCUCUUCAAACUCCUGCUCAUCGGAGAUUCCGGUGUUGGAAAGUCUUGCUUGCUGCUUCGAUUUGCGGAUGAUACGUACACGGAAAGCUACAUCUCUACUAUCGGUGUUGACUUUAAAAUCCGAACAAUCGAACUAGAUGGCAAAACAGUGAAGCUUCAAAUCUGGGAUACGGCCGGUCAAGAACGAUUCCGAACUAUCACAUCGUCGUACUAUCGAGGAGCUCACGGCAUUUGCGUUGUUUACGACGUGACAGACAUGGAUUCUUUCAACAACGUCAAGCAAUGGCUUCAGGAAAUUGAUCGUUAUGCGACCGAAGGGGUUAACAAGCUCCUUGUUGGCAACAAGAGCGAUAUGGAGGACAAGAAGGCCGUGGAAUACACAGUCGCAAAAGAAUUCGCCGACAGUCUUGGUAUCCCGUUCCUCGAAACAUCCGCCAAGAAUGCAUCCAACGUCGAACAGGCCUUUUUGACCAUGGCUAGACAAAUCAAGGAACGUAUGGGCACUGCUACCGUGAACAACAAGCCCACCGUCCAGGUUGGGCAGGGUCAAGGAGUUCAAUCAGGGUCUGCUGGCGGAUGCUGCUAA